UUGUGUUUUACAUCCUGUUCCAUGUGAGAAAAUGGCAGCAGAGGCCAAGAUCACAGGGUUCCGUGCGCGAAGUCUGGGGAGGUGGGCAUGGUUAUGGGGUCAGGUCACGCCCCUCUGUUGAAAGUAUGGAGCGAGUCCAGCCAUUAGCAGAACACCCGCAGGCCUUAGACGCUGUGUACUUUGCUGGCUUUAGUGAGGACGGCACGAGUAUGGUGUGUCGUGUGGGUCGCCGUCACAACCGCAGAGCAGAAGUAUGGCUGUUCCUGGAAAUUCCCGGGGUGGGGUGUCUUCAGCACCCAGUCCACCCUGAUACUCUGGUCUGUAAUACUGAUGGGGCCAGCUUUACUGCAGGAGGUCUACGACUGGAGAUGUGUGAACCAAUGAGAGCAUGGAGGCUUAGUUACUGCGGCCCUCUCAGAAAGGGACUGAGUAAUGCUGUCAAUAAAGAUGGAGGAGAGUUUGUACAUGUGAAGUUUUCAUUUUUGUGGAAGUCUUUCAAUGAUCCGUUUGAUUAUGAUGUUGAUGUUCAUCCAUGGUGCCUCUCUGACGCCAUUGCCCGUGAAAUUUGGACGCAACAGUUAUGGGAUGAACUGAAGAGCACACACCAGAGCCACUAUGAGCAAUGGGGAGAGUUGCGAGGCCGACUGGUGAUUGAGGGUGUAGAGGGAAGGUCUCUCCUACUGAAAAGUGUUAGAGAUCACACCAACGGUGUAAGAAAUUGGAGUUCAUUUCAUCGAUAUAUUCUCCACUUCAUUUAUGUAGAGACCGGCAUGACGCUACAGUGUGGGAUAAUUAGCAUUCCAGGCAACUUGUCACACUUGAUGGUGGGCUACCUGUCCUACCCGAGUGGUGACACUGUAGCAGUGAGUCACGUGUCACUAGACAUGACAGAAGUAGGAGAAUAUACCAGCCCACCUGAUCAGUACACCUUCUCCAUCAUGGCAGAUGGAAAGUUUUAUUUGAUUGAAGUACAUGGUAGGACCAGUCCAGUGUGGUACCAUGAUGAUGACAGGGGAGCAAAGGUGGUGGAGAAACUAUGUAACGUUAUUAUCAACGGGAAGAAAGGGUUUGGAAUUGCAGAAUUCUUCUAUAGAAAUCCAGAUGGGUCUGUAAUUACCUCCCCUGAAGCCCCUCUCCCACUGGUGACAAGUGUAGAUGACAACCUUGUAAAAGGGAGACAAUCAGCCCUAGUGUUGCCAUUCACUGACCCGGCAUGCUGUAGCUCACAACUAGUUGGGGGAAAAGGUGCUCAGUUAGCUCAGCUGACAAAAAUACAGGAAAUGCUUGGGGUGUGUGUUCCUAAGGGAUUCUGUGUCACAACAUUUGCCUACCGACAACAUGCCAAGAAUUCGAGAUGUUUGUCCAGUGUCAUCGGUAAAGUGAUUGAGAGUCACUUGAAAGGAGAACAGGCUCUCAGAUCUGUAUGUGAGGAGAUAAAUCAAGUCUUCAGACAAGCUGGUAUUACCUCUGACAUUAAAGAGGCUAUAACAAGGGAAGUAAGCCACAUUUGGGGAGAUGAGAUGGAGACAACAAGAUAUGCUGUUAGAUCAUCUGCAUCAGGCGAGGAUGGAAGUGAAUCAUCCACGGCUGGUCAGCUAGACAGUUACCUGGGAUUGAUUGGCAGUGAACAGGUGUUAGAAGCUGUGGUGAAAUGCUGGGCCUCUGCUUACUCUUACCAGGCUGUACAGUACAGAAUACAACAGGGUCAGGACAUGGGCGUGUCAGUGGGUGUGGUCAUACAGGAGAUGGUGGCAGCUGAAGUCGCAGGUGUGCUAUUCACCAAAGACCCUGUGACAGACAAUCCCAGUAUGAUGAUCAUCAAUGCUAACUAUGGACUUGGGGAGAGUGUGGUGUCUGGUGUUUCGGAUGUAGACACUAUUUGGAUAGAGAGGCACUGGGAUGGUCACAUGACAGUACACAGCAAGGAGAUUGGACAGAAGUCCUCUGUGAUGAAACUAUCAGCAAGUGGAGGUAUAGAAAAUACUAGUGUAGAAAGUCACAUGUCCUCUGGUUGCUGUCUUACCGAUGAGAUCACUUUGAAACUUGGAAACAUUGGAGUCCAGCUGGAGAAGCAUUAUGGCUCGGAGCGGGAUGUGGAAUGGGCACUUAAAGAAGGACAGGUGUACCUUUUGCAGGCCCGUCCAGUGACCAGUCAUGACCUGGAGACAGACGAGGACUUGAUGCACGAGUUUGACAGUGGCCUGUCCAGCAAUCAUGUCUGGCUGACCACUGGAAAUAUUGGUGAGAUGAUGCCAGGAGCUGUAUGCCCUCUGACCUACAGUGUGUUCGCCCGAAGUGUUGACAAGGGUUUGCAGGGUUUCAUGGCAGAUUGUGGGAUGGCCAGCCUCAGCUAUUUUGCAGAGAAGUGUUUGCCUGCCUCAUGUAAUCACCUGUUUAUUAACCUUCAUCACAUCAGCAACAUGUAUAUGAAUGCAGCCCAUGGUAACAAAUCUUUUGCCAACAUAUCAUUGCUGGGGGAACCACUGGAGGAGUUGACAGUGGCCUCGAUGCUACAGUACAUCCAGCCCCAGGGGAUAUUCUCACGGCUGUGGAAUUCCCUGUCAUUUUUUCUGUGUCAGAGAAGGGCCUGUAGUGAGUGUGAGAUGUGGGACAAGAGAUUGUCUUCUUACAUCCCGACACGAUCAGGAGAUGCGCUGUCCCUGUAUGAGGGGAUCUGUCGGCAGCUGAAGGAUUAUGAGACGGUGUGGAAGGAGACAAUGAUAGUGAGCAGUAAAUCUGGAAGCUGGUCUGUCAUUGUACUUUCUGUUUUGACUGGAGGCAGAACAGAUGUGAAGAGUGAGCACUUCUCUGACAUGGCAAACCUGUUAUCUAACUGCACUGAUGUCAUCUCUGUCAAUGUUCCUCACUUACUACAGAUCUUGGCUGGGAAUAUUGAAAAUGAGGGAUCAAAGGAAUUGUUUGUUUCCAUGACAACUGAGGAUGCAACUGCUUGGCUCCAGUCGUCAGCUAGUGGAGAGGCAGGAAGGAAGUUUGCAAGCUUUCUACAGGAGCAUGGACAUCGGUGUAUUAGAGAGGCUGAAAUGCUGGAAAAAUCCUGGAGGAGACAACCUGAGAAAUUAGUCAAGAUAUUACAGUCGAUGCUGAAUUCCAGUUCUGCCCUGAAGUCCGCAGCGGAAGGAACCAGUGUGGAGCAGGCCAUAGCCACCAUAUCCACACCUCUUACCUGGUUUGGCAAACAGUUGUUGAGGUUUCUUUUGCCCAAGGCCAGGUCAGCUGUUGGAUACAGGGAGUGGGCUAAGUCCUUGUCUAUCAAGAUGAGUGAUGUGAUGAAGGAAUCCUACUGGACCCUGGCUGAGAGUAUGUUCAGAGAGGGGAGACUCCCAGAUGAAGAGCUCCUGUUUUUCCUGACUCACUAUGAGAUUGGCAAACUUCUCCUGUCUCGUUCUCCAAGACUCAUCAAGAAGGCAAUUCGGAGGAGACAGGUGUUCUCCAAACAGAUGGAUCUGGCUUUUCCUAAGUACUCACAGGGACAUGCUCAUCCAAUGUCAACCAAUGUGCUAACAGAACAGGUAACCACAAGCCUGCAGCUGACGGGCAUGCCAGUGAGCCAAGGGGAGAUAACUGGAACAGCCUGUGUUGUCAAAAACGUGGAAGAUGCUAGUUCAAUCCAGCCAGGUAACAUUUUAAUUGUGCCUUACACUGAUGUUGGAUGGUCACCAUAUUUUCCUAUGAUCUGUGGACUGGUGACAGAAAUCGGAGGACUUCUCUCUCAUGGUGCAGUGGUGGCCAGAGAGUAUGGACUACCCUGUAUUGUUAAUGUACCCGGGGCAACCGCUGUCUUCAAGUCAGGUGAUGCUGUUCACUUGGAUGGAUCUAAGGGUAUUAUUGAAAAGGUGGGGUAAAAUGCUAAGAGAAAGUACGUGUACCGUGAAAGUUCAGUGUGGACCUCAGGGAUAGCCUUUUUAUUCAGAAGGCACAUAGGGUAAAGUCAUGAAGGGCACUGAGCAUUUGUCCAUCUGGACAUGGCGAAUCAUUUUAAAAGUGAGCUAAAAUCUACAUGUAACAGAAAUCUGUUUCAUCUGGACAUUACCGAUAUUUUAAAGGUACAGUAAAAUGCUAAUAGAGGGCACUGUGAACAGUUCCAUUCAGACAUCACUCUGAGGCGUCGGGGUAGUAUUGAUAAUAUUAUAAAGGUGCAGUAAAAUGCUGAUCAAAGAUUCUGUGAACUGUUCCAUGUGGAAAGGUUUCGGGAGGGAUUACUCAUCAGUGACAUAAAAUGCUAAUAGAAGGCACUGUGAACAGUUCCAUUCAGACAUCACUCUGAGGCGUCGGGGCAGUAUUGAUAAUAUUAUUAAGGUGCAGUAAAAUGCUGAUCAAAGAUUCUGUGAACUGUUCCAUGUGGAAAGGUUUCGGGAGGGAUUACUCAUCAGUGACAUAAAAUGAUAAUAGAAGGCACUGUGAACAGUUCCAUCCAGACAUCACUCUGAGGCGUCGGGGCAGUAUUGAUAAUAUUAUAAAGGUGCAGUAAAAUGCUGAUCAAAGAUUCUGUGAACAGUUCCAUGUGGAAAGGUUUCGGGAGGGAUUACUCAUCAGUGACAUAAAAUGCUAAUAGAAGGCACUGUGAACAGUUCCAUCCAGACAUCACUCUGAGGCAGCAGGGUAGUAUUGAUAAUAUUAUAAAGGUGCAGUAAAAUGCUGAUCAAAGAUUCUGUGAACUGUUCCAUGUGGAAAGGUUUCGGGAGGGAUUACUCAUCAGUGACAUAAAAUGCUAAUAGAAGGCACUGUGAACAGUUCCAUUCAGACAUCACUCUGAGGCGUCGGGGCAGUAUUGAUAAUAUUAUAAAGGUGCAGUAAAAUGCUGAUCAAAGAUUCUGUGAACUGUUCCAUGUGGAAAGGUUUCGGGAGGGAUUACUCAUCAGUGACAUAAAAUGCUAAUAGGAGGCACUGUGAACAGUUCCAUCCAGACAUCACUCUGAGGCGUCGGUGCAGUAUUGAUAAUAUUAUAAAGGUGCAGUAAAAUGCUGAUCAAAGAUUCUGUGAACUGUUCCAUGUGGAAAGGUUUCGGGAGGGAUUACUCAUCAGUGACAUAAAAUGCUAAUAGAAGGCACUGUGAACAGUUCCAUCCAGACAGUGAGGUCGUGGGAUUUUAUCUUUAAGGUGGGUUAAGCCUCAGAUAGAGGGCUCUGUGAAUAUAGCCUCAGCUGGUAUUCCAGUCUUAUUAUGAAAAAGAGAAAGUUGUCUUCUGCCAUAAAAGGUGGAAUGGUUUUCGAUAUAAAGGUAAAAGAAUUUACAAUGUGCAUCACUUUUUUUCAAAUUUACUGUAGAUUGUAAAAGAUUUAAUCAAUUUUAACAGUGCUUAUAACCUUAUGUGAUAUUAUUUUUCUUGACUUUAUGUAUAAUUACAUGAUACAUGUGUCAAGGACAAAAAUUUUUACAAUGUGCCAUUGUAUACUUGAUCAUAUUUUCCUUUGUUAUGUCAAAUUAUUUCUGGCAAAAUUAUUCAUGUUUUCCAAUAGAUGUUGUAUCUAUAUAGCCUGUGAAUGUUACACAUUGCUAUAAUUCAUAUGUGAGUUUACAGAAUUCUACACUUUUAUUGAAAUGAGGAUGUUUUAUUCGUGUGCUUCUUUCAUACUCAUAUAAUGCAUUAUACAUACAUAUACAUAUAUAUACAUGUUUAUAGAUAUAUUAAUUCCCAAUAUGUAAGGUACUUUUUUCCUGUCCAAAUUUUAGUCCAAGAACAAUGUUUAUGUAUUUUCUUUGAUUUACACGUAAUUGUUUUUUAUGGUUA